AUGACGAAUAACAUUUCUUCAUCAUUCACGACUAAUAUCCAAGUGGGAGUUGCAGAUUUGAAAAUUUUCUCUGGCCUGUGCUCUGCUUGUACUGUUAUAUUAUACGUGGUUACAGUAUCUGUUAAUGUUAUAGUUUUCUUCGUGAUUAUGCUAAAAAAUCUCCAUGAACCUAUGCAUCUUUUCUUCAGUAAUCUAUUGCUUAAUGGAAUUAUUGUCAGCUCUGUAUUAUUACCUAAAUUAACCAUUGAUAUUUUAUCAGAAAAUAAAACCAUCAGUCCAUUUGGUUGCUAUUUUCAAAUAUUCUUUAUUCAUAUUUUUGUCUUCAAUGAACAAAUAAUUUUAUGUGUCAUGGCUUAUGACCGUUAUAUAGCAAUCUGUAAUCCUUUAAGAUACUCACAAAUUAUGACUUCUGCACAAAUAUUUAGGCUUAUACUGUUUUCAUGGUUCUUUUCUAUUUUUGCAUGUGCUGUAGGAAUCACUUUAUGUACAAGGCAACCACUGUGCUCUUUUGUAAUAGAAAAGCCUUUUUGUGAUUAUUAUUCUGUAGUAAAAUUACUUUGUUCAGUGGAAUCUUUUUACAACUAUUAUGCAUUGUUUGCAACUGUAAUUACUACAGCAGUCCCAACAGCAAUCAUUUUAUAUUCCUACAUUAAAAUAAUUCAGAUUUGUCUACAGAAAUCAAAGGAAUCCAACUGGAAAGCUUUUCAGACAUGUUUUACACACUUACUGCUGUUCGUUAUUUAUGUGACUGGCAUUUUAUUUACAUUUAUCCAAAAUCGUCUUCCUCCUAAAAGUGUUCCUCAAGGACUGAAUGCAUUUCUGUCAUUAGAGUGCCUCAUGGUACCUCCUCUUGCAAAUCCAGUGGUGUACGGGCUGAGAACUAAACAGAUCAGAAGUACAGUAAGCAUGUUAUUUGCUCAGUUUAUAAGGAAGACAUUCACAGAUAAAUACUCUACUACUAACAUUACUCUGAUAAGGGACAAACAGUGA